AUGCGCCUCAACGGCUCGGCUCCCGGGCCCCGGGGCGCUGCUCCGGGCGCCAAGCCCUUCCCGCUGCCGCCCUCGGGGCUGGAGGCGGCGCUGCUGGUCCCGGGCCUGGGCCUCAGCAACGGCUCCGGCAACGAGUCGGAGCGGCCGCGAGCGGCGCCCAGCAGCGACCUGGACGUGAACACGGACAUCUACUCCAAGGUGGCGGUGACCGCCGUGUACCUGGCGCUCUUCGUGGUGGGCACGGUGGGCAACUCGGUGACGGCGUUCACGCUGGGCCGCAAGAAGUCGCUGCAGAACCUGCAGAGCACCGUGCACUACCACCUGGGCAGCCUGGCGCUGUCCGACCUGCUCAUCCUGCUGCUGGCCAUGCCCGUGGAGCUCUACAACUUCAUCUGGGUGCACCACCCCUGGGCCUUCGGGGACGCCGUGUGCCGCGGCUACUACUUCCUGCGCGACGCCUGCACCUACGCCACCGCCCUCAACGUGGCCAGCCUGAGCGUCGAGCGCUACCUGGCCAUCUGCCACCCCUUCAGGGCCAAGACCCUCAUGUCUCGCAGCCGCACCAAGAAGUUCAUCAGCGUCAUCUGGCUCACCUCGGGCCUGCUGGCCGUGCCCAUGCCCUUCACCAUGGGCCAGCAGAACCGCAGCGCCGACGGCCAUCACCCCGGCGGCCUGGUGUGCACGCCCGUCGUGGGCACCGCCACCAUCAAGGUGGUCAUCCAGAUUAAUACCUUCAUGUCCUUCGUGUUCCCCAUGGUGGUCAUCUCCAUCCUGAACACCAUCAUCGCCAACAAGCUGACCGUCAUGGUCCGCCAGGCAGCUGAGCAGGGCCAGGUGUGCACGGUUGGGGACCAGCACAGCUCAUUCAGCAUGUCCAUCGAGCCUGGCAGGGUCCAAGCCCUGCGGCACGGCGUCCGGGUCUUACGGGCUGUGGUCAUCGCCUUCGUGGUCUGCUGGCUGCCCUACCACGUGCGGCGCCUCAUGUUCUGCUACAUUUCCGAUAAGCAGUGGACCCCGUUCCUGUACGACUUUUACCACUACUUCUACAUGCUGACCAACGCGCUCUUCUACGUCAGCUCGGCCAUCAACCCCAUCCUGUACAACCUGGUCUCUGCCAACUUCCGCCAGGCCUUCCUGUCCACCCUGGCCUGCCUGUGUCCUCUGUGGGGGCGCAGGGGGAGGAGGCCGGCCUUCGCCAGGAAGACCAACAGCGUGUCCAGCAACCACACCUUCUCCAGCAACGUCACCCGGGAGACACUGUAUUAGGGCCGGGGGGAGGAGGGGAGGCCCAACGGCAGCGUCGCCCCCUUCCCCCCUCCCCCUCUCCCUGCAGCCCCCCACCCCCGGGGCAGGAGCAGGGCUCAGCAGAGGCCGGGGACUCAGCGCCCACCCCCAGAGGCCUCAUUUCUCGCAGCUUCUCCCUCUGCCCCUCUUUGAAAGCCGGAGAGAGAUUGCUUCACCCCAGAUCCAGAAAGGGCCUUUAAUGAGAAGAAAUUAGUGGUGGGGGAAGGCAGGUUUCUUUGUUCCCACACUACGGGGUGAUCCGGGAGGACAGAAAUGAAAGGCACAGGCCGGGCCGGGCUGGCGUGGGGAGGCAGCCGCCCCGAGAGGCAGGGCUGUGGGCGGAGGGCGGCCGCUGCCCUGGCGCCCCCGGCGAGGAGAGGACCGCUGGCCUCCUCUGGUACGGCCUCGGCGCCCAGACCCCUCCUCUCCACGGGCGGUGCCCAGGGGCCCCCGGGGGUCGGGGGGGCAGGCGUCGGCUGGACCCGGCUCCCCGUCCUCCUCGCCCAUUUGUGGGGACUCAGCCACAGGUGAGGAGGAGGAGCCGUGGACACAGGCGCCCGUGGCUGCCAGGCUGAGGCCCCGGGUCGCCCGUCACGGCCGCGCACAGCGGCCCCAGCCCCGGGCACCCGGAAGGGCAGGCGCCUCCGUGGUCUGUAGGAGCCGGUCUCCAGACAGGAUGGCCUGGCCCUGGCCGUGCCCUGGCAGGUCCCCUGAGCCGGGGGAGGCCGAGGCCGUGUGAGCUGCCUCACGGGAGGCUCGAGGGGCAGAAGGGCCUGGAAAAUGAAAUAUGGGCUUUUGUUACAGCAGGUUGUCACUGGGCUCCUGAAGGGAGCAGACGGGCAGCGGGUGGGCAGCCCUGACCCCGCCGAGGAGGCCUGCUCCCAGCCCGGGCACCAGGACCCGCCCCUCCCGUAAGAACGGCCGUUGGCUGGCACGGUACCUGCGGCGGCGUUGGACCUGGGCCCUCUGCUCCGAGCUGUGCGCUCCGAGAACCCCCGGCUCCUUCUGCAAGAGCGGCGCCGGGUGGGCAGCCGCCAGCAGCCCCCCAGGACCCCGGGACCCAGGCCAACCCAGACCCCACACACGCCGUCGGCUCCGGGCAGGCGAGCAGGACAGGUGGGCAGGCGGCCAGUGGGCGCCUGCAAGCAGAGGCUGGUGCCCAGGCCGCGGGUGUCGAGCACGGGCCUGGACUCGUCCCGAGAGGCCCUGAGAGCCACCCCCGCGCUCGGCACCUCGGCCACGCCGUCCUCCGAGGCUGACGAGUGGGCGUGGGCGCCGUCUGGGCCCGGCCGAUGUGCCCUCCCGGAGGACCCAGCCCAGGACGGGCGGAAGACGGGGUUCCCUGGGGUGGGGGCAGAGUGGACGCACGAUGGGGACACCCAGCAGCCCGGACCCUCGCAGGCGCAGCAGGGACAGGGUCUGUGCGGCGGCCCCAAGUGCCCGUGACCGUUGCGGUCUUCACGUUCCCGUCUGCGCACUUCCCGCAGCCACAGACGCGUCCACGCACAGCCCGCGCCCUCCGUGGGCCACCGGCUCCGUAGAGCCCGCCCCUGGCCACGUCACGCAGUCGCUCCAGUGUCCUGUGUGACUGUCGGCCGUGAUGCUAACCCCCGUUGUGUCGCUCGCACAAACCUGCCCCAGCCCUCGCCACGACCUACCGCGGUCGGCAAGAACAACCCCCCCGAGUCCCAAUAAAGGAGACGAUUGCC